GCAAAAGAGCGCCUCCACGAGGUCAGUUAGUGAAUAACACACAUAGAGGUAACACAACACAAAAAGAAGGCUCGGAGUUUGAAUGUCACCGUUAUGCUAGGCCUAGCCUAUGGGCAUUUUAGAACAUGGCUGAUGUGAAAUUACUGACUGCUAGGUCCGAUUUCUCCAUUCCUUCAGAAGGUCGACAGACUCAUCUUAAUGAGAUCUUAAAUUUAAAUUCUCUACAGGGAAAGUAUAUACAGGCAACUAUUUUUAAGAAAUGGGAGCUAGUGAAUUCACCAAAGGGACAUAGGCUGAAAGUUGUAUUGGAGGAAUCCAUCGCCAAUGAAAUACAUCGAAUAAAUUUAUUUCUGUUAGGCGAGUAUGCUGUUAAGUUUGCUUGUGUCAAAGAAGAGCAUGAAGUGCUAAUCUUCAAUGGAAAACUUGAGAAGUCUACAACUUACAUGAAUGACAAAGUGCAUCCCUUUGCUAUCCUCCUCAAAGAUUUUAAACCAAUGCCAGAGGUCCAGGUUAGGCCACCAGCGCCUUCAAGGCCUCAUAGUGUGAUUGUGUCUGGAAAAAAUACAUCAACCAGCGCACCAUCGACUACAGCAACUCAGAACACUUUAUUCAAUUCAACAUCAGUUAUACUCCAUCAGAUUACACCUCCAAGUACAUCGAAAGGGACUUCUUCAAGAAAGGCACCAGCGAAUUCGAGAACAUCUGGUGUUUCACUGUCAAGCAUGCCCAAGAGCACUACUUCAAAGGGACCGCCGAUUGUGCUGAACCAAAAUACUCCUAUCAGUACAGUGAGUGCAUCCAGUGUUAAUUCUCCGGUGAACACGCCACCGAUCGUGUCUGCAGAUAUGCCAUCCACCCCAUGUGCGAGAGCGUCCAAUGUGAACACUUCAGUGAACGCGCCACCGAUUGUGUCUACAGAUAUGCCAUUAACCCCAUGUGCGAGGGCGUCCAAUGUGAACACUUCAGUGAACGCGCCACCGAUUGUGUCUACAGAUAUGCCAUCCACAUCACGUAGGAGUGUGUCCAGUGUCAACGCUUCAGUUAACACACCACCGAUUCUGUCGAAAGAUAUGCCAUCCACUUGUACGAGUACGUCCUGUAAGUCCAGUGUGAACGCUUCAAUCAACACUACGUUUACUGUGUCCGAAAGUGAUAGGCCAUCCACGUCAUAUGCAUCAAAACAGAUUCCUAACGAAACACCCAAGUCAAGAAGUUCAGCCGUGAAUUACACAUAUACUCCUCUUGCGGAUGUAAGGGAAGGCAUGAUUGUGAACGUGUAUGGUGUGGUGAAAUUCUUCAAACCUCCAUACAGAGGGAGAGGGCCAGAUUACUGCAUGACAAUAAGAAUAAUUGAUUCAUCACUGGAUAAGAAUGACAAAGGACUCUUGUGUAUAUUGUUCAUGAAACAAAAAGACUCUUUGCCAAAUAUUGUGACUACUGGUGACAUAGUACGAUUGCACCGUUUAGAGAUUCGGAUGUACAAUGGUGGUAUGCAGGGGAGAAACUCACCAGGAUUUGCAGCCCUUGUUUUCCAUGGAAGUGGCACAGACUAUAGGCACAGAUCAACCACUCCUUUGUACACCUUCACAGAAAAUGAUAAGAUACAUGUGGACGAUCUUCGUAAUUGGGUGCAAGGUGACGCGAUCUCUCAGGAAAAACAGCACACUUUGUCUUCCAUAAAGAGCGGUGAAUACAUGGAUAUAUGCGUACAGAUCGUAGCAAAACUGUACAUUCCAGAUGAAAAUUGCAUUGCUCUUAAAGUAUGGGAUGGUACUCUAUUUAAGAGCUCUCUUCGCUGGGUGAACAUAGAUAAUCACGAAUUCGAGUGGGAUCUUAAUCUAGCAGAGAAGGCCAAAGGCUAUUUGGUAGAUGUGUGGAUAUAUGAUGACCAUGUGGAAGCUGCAUCUAAAUUGAAGGCUGGUCAGUUCAUAAAGCUUUUCAACCUACAUGCCCCACCAUUCAGGCAAACUGACGUCCUCGAGCUUGUUCUACAUCGGGGCACAUCUUAUGGCAGAGGGGUGAUUGCCAUUCCUGAGAGUGAUCCUGCCGUUGCUAAGAUGAAAGUGUUGUUCGACACAGCUGAUCAAAGACUCAAAGACAGUGGUAUUAAAGUUGCAGAUUUAACCUUGACAAAGAGAAAGCAAUUAGGAUUCUUAAAUUGCAGCGUAUCAUGUCCAGAGAGUGAAACACAGAAUCGCAUGACUUUAUCUUCCAUAAAGAGCAGUGAAUACUUUGAUAUCUGUGUUCAGAUUGUCGCCUCUGUUGCAAUCCCGGAAGAAAGCUGCAUUGCUCUUAAAGUAUGGGACGGCACUCUGUGUAAGAGCUCUAUACGCUGGGUGAACAUAGAUGAACACGAAUUUGAGUGGGAUCUUGACUUAGCAGAGAAGGCAAAAGGCUAUGUGGUGGAUGUGUGGAUAUAUGACGACCAUGUAGAAGCUGCAUCUAAAUUAAAGGCUGGUCAGUUCAUAAAGCUUUUCAACUUGCACGCCCCACCGUUCAGGCAAGCUGACGUCCUCGAGCUUGUUCUACAUCGGGGCACAUCUUAUGGCAGGGGGGUAAAAUGCAUCCCAGAGAGCGAUCCUGCAGUUACCGAGAUGAAAGCGCUGUUCAGUACAGCUGAUCAACGACUCAAAGAAAGUAGCAUUAAGGUUGAAGAGCUGAGCUUGACUGAGAGAAAACAACUUGGAUUCUUAAAUUGCAAUAUUCCUGCCUCUGAGAGUGAAGCAGUUGGAGAUGAUAACCAGAAAACAAUAUGUAUGCAAGAAUCGGCAACCAUCAUUUCAGGGCACCAUGAUCUGGCAGUUUCCUCAAUCCACAAUGUUUUACAGAUCUCUUCUCCCAAUCUUUCUAAAGUUCGUGCAAAAGUGAUUAGUUUCUGGCCCAAAACAAUUGAAGACUUUGUAAUUCUUUCCUGCCCGGAAUGUGGCUUAAGAGCAAAUACGCCAACAGCUUCAGAAACCAACAAAGCACGGCGAGAGGCUAGGAAAAGAUUAGAAAAGGUACUACCACAAGCUCGCAGAAGGAGUUCACGGAUUCAGAAGAAGCGUCCUGGCAAAGGCAAAACAAAGUUUGCUGAUAUGGUUGAUUUUAUAAUUUAUCAUGCACCAGAGAAUACCUCAGAAAAGAAAAAAAGAAGCAAUAGCCAACAAUGGGAUGAAUCAGAGGCUCAUAGUAUGAUAACAAGGAGAAAACGAAAACUCUUAGAUGAACAAUAUGUGGAAACAUCAACAUCUUUAGCAACGAGAGGAUGCAUAAAUAAAAGUGCAAAAGGCUUUCCAGAAGUUCAAAAUCCUUCUGCAGAGGAGAGUGUAGAAAAAACGAAAUCUUCAGUGACGAGAGUACUUGGAAGUAAACAAGGCUGUGACCCUGCACCAAAGCAGAAUGUGGAGUCAUCAACAAAACCUUCUUUAAGAUGUGGACUAAGAAACAAAAAUGUUGAAGUGCGGAAUCCUCCAACAAAAAUCACCAAAUCAUCAGUAAAGAGCGGAUGUCAAAAGAAAAAUACAAAAGACUCUUCAAAAGGUCAGGAUCCUCCCAAAGGAAAAGCAGCAGCAGCAAGGAAAUCCAAUAUAUCGGAGGGAAUUCCUACAACAUCGCAACUAGAAACUUCUUGUGGAGGAACGUCAAGAGACACAGCUGUACUCUCCACAAGGAAAUCCAACAUAUCAAAGGGAAUUCCUACAACCUCGCAACUGCAAGCUGUACUCUCCAAGAUUGGCGUAAUCGAAGACACUAAUGGUGAAGAAAUUAACGUGAGAGUCACUCAAUCAGACGAUGGCAAUGCUGGAUUCGCAAUCAUUCCCCUCACAUCAAAACUUGCAAUUAAUGAUGCCUUUAAACUGGUACGGUCUGGGUUCAGGGUUAAACCCUCCAGCAAGGUAUAUGUAUCUAAAAACCUAAACAGACCAAUAUAUUAUGAAUGUCCAAGAUGCCACGGGAGUGAUAAUACUCAGACAGGUAACCUUCUUCAACUUGGCAGCAGCAGGCAAUUUGCAUCUAAUGGGAAAGUGCUUGAAACAAUUAGAGAAAAGAUUGAAGCACAUAUGUCCGCAUAA